AUGAUCAUAGCAGCAGCUGAAAUUUCAUAAUUCGAUGAAAAAUAUUCUGAUAGUGGUGAGAGAACAGAAAAAAAGGCUUGAAUUUUCGUUUUCGUUUGUCAAAAGUAUUUGCGCUGUUUUCGUUGAUUUUUAGUGAUUUUUGAUUUUUGAUUCUUGACGAUUGAUUCCACUAUUUUGCUAUUGUUUAUGAUGGAUCGAUUCAAAAGAUCAAUUCUACAAAUUUUAUUAUUAUCAUCAAUGAUGAUGAUGAUACAUUGCGUUGAUGGACGAUCCAACAAUUUCGAUGAUUAUAAUGAAGAAUCUAAUGGUGAUGAUGAUAAUGAUCAUUUGUAUUCAACCAUCAAUUGUAAUAUUGGUGAUAAAUAUGAUUAUGUAAUGGCAACCCAGAGUAGAUUAUUCAAUGAUAACGAUGAUGAAUAUAUACAGAUUAAAACAAGAAUAGAAUUAAAAUGUUUAUUGAAAACAAAUUGGCUGAAUGAAACUGAUAAUCAAUUAAGAAAUGGACAAAUAUUUGAAGCAAAUAUUCGUCAAAUACAACCGAUUCGUAUAAAAAAUACAUCACCAUCAAAAAAUAAUAAAAAUGGCCAACUACAGAUGGCAUCAUUGUUUGCUACAUUAAAAAAUUUAAAUGAAAUAACCAAUGCGACUGAUAAUAGCGGUGGUGGUGGUGGUGAUAAUGAUCGUAAACAACCAAAUCUAAAAGUUGGUGCUGUUAAUGGUUUUUUCACUGAUUUAGCAAAACGUUUUGGUGAUUGGUUUAUUGAAUUGAUGCAGAAAUUUUUUCAAUAUUUACAAACAAUAAUGUUAAACAAAAAUCGUCGAAAAUCCGGAUCAGUUCCGGUAAAUUUUUAUCAAUGUAGUCAAAAUAAAAAUAAUGAAAGUAAAAUUACAACAAGAAAACCCGAAUCAAGUCGAAUUCGACGAAAUACCGAACAAUCAUCAUCAUCAUCAAUGCCAAUAGAUUUGGAACAAUUCGCUAGUGAUUAUAGUGAAAUGUAUCGUCAUCCAUUUCAAUUUGUACAAUUAAUGGAUGGAUCAAUACAGAAUAUUAAAUUAUCCGAAUUGGAUCAAGAUCCAAAUAUAAUACAAUUUAAAAAAUUUAUAAUCCGUUCAUUUGGAACACAAUUAGAUGAACGUAAAAAACGUAUUAUUGAAAUAGAUGAAUUAGGUACACAUUAUUGUCAUUAUCAAAUGGAAUUUGAUGAACCCGAUGUUAAUAAAAAACCCGUACAUUAUUUAAAUCAAAGAUCAAAACGUCAUUCAUAUGAAGAUGAUCAUAUUGUUUCAAUAAUGAGACAAUUUAAAAGUGAUGAUAUUAUUGUUAAAAGUCGUAAUAAUCGAUUGCCAAAAUCUCGUUCAUUUGAUAAUGAUAAUGUAAAAUCCGAAUCAGUUAUGAAUUUUAUGGAUUUUAAUGUACAAGAAAUACAACUUGUACGUAAUAAUAUGGUUGUUGCUUCAGGUGGAUAUUUUCAAGGUUUUAUGCCAAUAUUAACACCGACAACACCAGCAAAAAAUGAUGAUCGUUCAAAACGUUCAACAAAAUUUGAUAAACAUGAUUUAAUCGAUAAAUAUUUACGUAAACAUUUGGAUUUAAAUAUGCAAUAUUCAAUGGUGAGACUAAAUAGUACAAACAAUUCAAAACAACGGAAACAAAGAAAUCGUCGUUCAAUAAUAGAAUCAGAUCCAUCAUCAAUGGAAACACCACCACCAGCAGCAACAAUAAUUAAUUAUGUUGACAGAAUUGUCAAACAUUUUGAAAAUCUAGAACAACAACAACAACGAAAAAAACGUGAAACAAAUAAUGACAAAGAAUCGACACAGAAUUCAACAUUAAAUAAUAAUGUUGUUUGCCAGCAACGAUCAUCAUCAACAUCAACAAAUUUAAAAUGGCAACGAAGACAAAAUGAAAUGAAUGAAGCGUAUGAUAAUGAAAUCGAUACCGGUAAAGUUUUGAUUGAUAAAAAUCACAAUGAUGAUAAUGGCGAUGAUGAUGAAAAACUACUUGAAUGUUAUGAAUAUAAAAGUUUUGGUACAAAUUUUAUAAAUGCAAAUUUUAAUCGUAGUAUUAUAACACGAUUAUCAAAUAGUAAAAGAGAUAAUAAUGAUCAAACAACAAAAAUAGAAGAAUUUGAAACUAGAUAUAAAAUUGCAGCAAGUUUGUUUGGUAUUGAUUUAAUUGAUGGCCAGAUUAAUUUAUCAAAAAAAUCAAAUAAUGAUUCAUGGCUGAUAUUGAAUUUAUUCGGUUCAACAUAUGAAAAUCUAAAUCUUUGUGAAAUACGUAAUAAAGAUUAUAGUCAAUCCGGUAUAAUACCAUUAUUUGUUGAAGAUAUUUGGUUUAAAACAAAUAUUGCCAUAAAAAUUCAUUAUAAAUUAAAUUUAAAAUUAGAUAUACCAUUUUUAAAUUGUAAUAAUCAACCAAAAAAUAAUGAAAUCAUAAAACGUGUUAUAAAUGAUGAAUUAGAAUUGAAACAAAAUGCUAUGAUGGAAUUUGCUGUUGUUGCUGAAGCUAAUUUUCUUAUUGUUAAUGCUAAAAUGCGAUUAAAUGGAAAAUUUGAUAUGGAUUCUAUGGUCGAUUUUACUGGCACUUGUUUAUCGGCUAAAACAUUUGUCAAACCAAUGGAUAUUGUUAGUGAUAUUCAGUAUGAGUUUUAUCAUCCUAUAUGUGGUGAAUGGAUGAUGGAUCAUUGGAAACCAAAACCAUUGUCCUGGAAAUUGAAUAAGGAUUAUCACCGAUCAUGGUCAACGCCAAAUAAUACAUGUGUUUGAUGAUGAUGAAGAAUUUUUGUUUUUGUUUCUGUCUAACCGAAAUACUCAAUCAACAACAACAACAGCAACAACAACGACAGACAUCUUAUUUUCUUUUUCUUUUUUCCAAGUCUGAGU